AUGCAUCCUUCAAAACUCUUAACCUCGCUAGGGCUUCUGGCCCUACACCCUCACUUCUCUGCUGCAUACUGGCGGAUGGCCUGCGACUUCGUGCAGACUGCUCGAGUCGAUCCCAUUCUCAACCCCGGCAGUCUCGCUAGUCACGUUCACGCAUUUGCAGGAGGAAACAAUGUCAAUGAAAAUUCGGACUUUGACUCUCUUAGGGAAUCGACAUGUUCAUCCUGCCAAGUUCAAGACGACACUUCGGCCUACUGGGUGCCCAAAUUAUACUACGCACACACAGACGGCGUCUUGGAAGAGGUACCUGAUGGUGGACUCACGGUGUAUUAUGUUGGACGUGGUGGGAAUUCUUCAAACACCGUGGUGUUUCCCGAAGGCUUCAAAAUGAUUACUGGCGAGACGACGGCGCGGUCAUAUGACAAUACGACCUUGACAUAUGACAGCACCACGCCCGUGGCUAACAGGGUAAGUUUCCGUUGCAUAAACGAAGCUAACGAUAUUCCAGAAACGCAUUAUCUGAACGACACCAACUGUGUCAAUGGCCUGCGAGCGCAGAUCAACUUCCAGUCUUGCUGGGACGGCGUCAACACUUACUUAGAUGAUUCGGCACACGUUGCCUAUUUAUCCGACAUCGACGAUAUCGACGGGGUUUGCCCACCAACUCAUCCGGUGCACAUUCCGGGCAUGUUCUUCGAAUCGUGGUACUAUGUCAAUGAGAUCGACCAAUCCGAUGGCGGAUUCUUUGUGUUCUCGAACGGAGAUCCGACUGGCUAUGGUUUUCAUGCCGACUUCCUCAACGGCUGGGAUAUGGACGUACAGGCUGACGCUGUCGCCAACUGCCUGUAUGCCAACGACGACAACGGAAUUGUUCAAGCUUGUUCCUACCUUAAUGCAAGCUUCACGGACAACUACCCACGAACUUGUCCGGAGGUAGCAUCAGUAUUGAACGAGACCGUACAUGGCAAUCUCACAGGCCUGCCAGGUUGCAACCCUAUCUCAUGGGGUCCUGACUCCGUUCCACAGGAAGUGUGUGCCGAGGGUACACUCACUUAUGUCAACGGCACUGAUGACGAGGACUCUAGCAGUACCACGGAUGCUGCUGCCACCACCACGGCAACCACACUCACGAGCUCAGCAUCAAGCGCAGUCGUAACCACUGCAACAUCAGCAACCAGCGCAUCGGCUUCAGACUAUGACACAGAUGCAGGUGUGACUUAUAGCGUCUCCUCCUCCUCCUCCUCUGGUUCUUCGGAUGAUCCAACUUCCACAGAAUUUGCCGCAUCAACCUCCACAACAGCGGACUCAGGAACCUCGGUCACGACGUCUUCAAGCACAACCUCGACGACCUCCAUGACGGACGAUGCUGUCUCGGCUGCAACGUCGUCGAGUGAUACCACUAGUACAAGCACGAGCAGCUCGGCAAGCCCGGCAGACACGGCUACGUCCGAGACCCACGAUGCUACAAGCACGACAGUCACGAGUGAUGACACGGUGACAAUUACCGACCCAGGAGAUUCGACUGGAAGCUCCACGGCUGCUGCCGCUACGACCACCACCACAGAUGAUGCCGAAGUUGCGGCGACCAGCCAGGCACCUACCCUCACACUUGCGGAAAGUACUGUGACCACGUCUGGUACCACAGUUACUGUUCCAGCCACCACUAUUCGAUGGAACGGCAACCGAUGGUAUCAUGGAUUCCGUGUCGACUUCGUGGAAGUGACCAUCACUGUAACCGUGACUGCAAGCGCCGUUACCGAUGCAGACGGUACGGCAACAGUAGACGCAACCACUUCGCUACAAACAGUGAGCAUGUUUAGCGUCGCUGGUAACUUGUACACCGUGACUGGGGAUACUUACACCACAUAUUAUGAAUCGAGCACCGAAUCAACAACAAGUACUGUCACACAAACAACAAGUGCAGACACCGCCGAUGACGCAACUUCGGUGGCAGCAUCGACCACGACCACGACUACAUCAACGAGCGCGGACACCGCCGACGAUGCGACUUCGGCGGCAGCAUCAACCACUACUACUGUAUCAACAAGUACAAGCACCGACAGUGAGACGUCCACGUCCACAACAAGCACAUCCACCUCGACGACUUCGACCGAGACCUCGAGCAGCACCGUCACCUCGACUGCCGACACAAGCUCAAGCGCUACAGCCAGUACCACCACAGAGUCAACGAGCGUGGUAAGCACCAGCACCGAAGCUGCCAUCGCAACAAUCACUGGAUCUACAUACACAAGCUCCAAAUCCACAGCGGCGGCAACCACUUCGUCUGACACAGAGACGACAACUACGAUCUUCGAAACCACCACCAUUUACGUGACAAUCACUCCGACCAGCACAACGACCAUAGCUUCAGAAACCUCCGACACAGCCACAGCGUCGGCGACGGUUACAAGCGCCGAGACAACAACCACCGACGCAGAUGGAAGCGUAGUCACCACCUUCGUCACGGAGACAGAGGCUGUCACGGAUGAAAUCAUUUCGACGACCGAGACGACAGUGACUGGCGCCGAGACGACGACCGCGUACAAGAUUCGCGGCCGCGAAGUAAUUUUCACGAGACUAUGA